UCUUAACCACUUUGGUUGUUUUGACAGACCAGAAGUGACGUUUCGCCGGUUCUAUUUUGCCACGUUCUUUACCGAAUUUCGGGCACACUUUCCCACUAACACCAAUAAUGGCCGACAUUGAACCCAUGAUGAGGUACGUCUCACCGGUGAACCCAGCGGUGUUCCCACACCUAACCCUCGUCCUGCUAGGAAUCGGGAUUUUCUUCACGGCGUGGUUUUUCGUCUACGAAGUUACUAGCACAAAGCACACCAGAGACCUCAAAAAAGAGCUGCUCGUGUCACUUGUUGCUUCCAUAUUCUCCGGGUUUGGCAUACUAUUUCUUUUGCUUUCAGUGGGUAUAUACGUCUGAUGCGUAAGCCACGUUAAAGUACUGAUUUUUAAUUAUAAGGUAAUUAUAAAUUUGUUACAUUUUAAUUUAAUUGAAAUGUUUUGUACUGUCGUGCAAUUUAAAAAUAAAAUUACGUAAGAGCUGCUGUUUCAA